AACAGACAUAGUGAACACAUGAGCAGCAUUGAGCCAGCCGGCCGGCCCAUCCAUCUGCCGAGGAGAGCAGAGAUGCUUCCGUCUUCUCGCCCGGCUGGGGCGUUCACGCAGCCGCAGCUGAAGCAGCUCAGGGCACAGUGCCUCGUCUUUGUCGCCUUCAGGAACCAGCUGCAGCCCAGGAAGGUGCACCUCGAGGUUGCGCUCGGUGGAUGCGCUCCUGCAGCACAAGGUGAGAGCGAGAUUCGAGCGGAGAAAGUUGCCGGCGAGACGAGCUCCCGUUCUCAAGCCUCGUCCUCUGCUGCACGGUUACCCCUGCUGCCCAUAUCCUCGCUGCGGCUGUCGUCGACGCCGGAGAGUCACCACCACAACAGCGACGACCCUACCGAACAUGAUGAGUAGUCGUGUCUGGUUUUUAUCCUCUAAUAACUAGACAAUUUGCCAAGAAUCAUCUUUUCGAUUUAGCCAUGUCUCA